GAAAGUUACAGAUCCAACCCUCUCCUCUCCGAUUAAAAAAACCAGUCUCAAAAGCCAUCCUAUGUGACCAAACCCUUGUGCCAAAUACCGACUGCCCUGCCUCUCUCCUUUCCAUCAUAACAGGACUCCCAAGAUUUUGCACAACCUAUGUCCCAAACUCCACUCUGUUUUCCUCGUCAAAAGAUUGCAACUUGUUUUUGACAACUUUGCUAAUGAUCAUCCCUUCUAAGCAAAGCCUUUUGUUUUCUUAGAACAUUUGCUUUUGCUGGCUUAAUCUCCAAUUCCAAUUCCGUGUCUUUUUGGGAAAGAAAAAAAAAUGCCUUCUCAUAUCCUGCCUGUCACAAACCCCAACCUCCAUUCUUCGAAACAACAUUCCUAUCUCCGUAUUGACCCAACAACAAUGCCAUUAAAACAAGAUGACCCAAUUACAAGCACCAGGCUCGUGUCUUCUCCCUUUGAAGAUGAAACCAUCAUUUCUGUUAGGCCUCUUUUGUCUAGAACUCCAAGUUUUGCAGGUACUACUACAACUUCUUCUUCUGCUAGUUAUCAGCAAAGAAGGCGACGUGUUGCCAGUGAAAACUCGCUCUCUUCCCUUUCAGAUGAGUCUAUUGGUCAACGCCAAUCUCUUGCUCGUGAAGUGGAUCGUGCUGCUCCUGAGACAUUUCUUCUUACUAGAUUGGGCUUGAAGCUUUUAAGAUAUAUGGGGGUAGGGUACAGAUGGAUCAUGAGAUUUCUUGCCCUUGGUUGUUACUCUUUGAUGCUUUUUCCUGGUUUUAUUCAAGUUGGAUAUUACUAUUUCUUCUCUGGUCGGGUUCUGAGAAGUAUAGUUUAUGGUGAUCAACCAAGAAACAGGCUUGAUCUAUAUUUACCAAAAAAUACAGAUGGUCCAAAACCUGUUGUUGCAUUUGUAACAGGAGGAGCCUGGAUUAUUGGUUAUAAAGCAUGGGGGUCUCUUUUAGGACAACAGUUAUCAGAAAGAGAUAUCAUGGUGGCUUGCAUAGAUUACAGAAAUUAUCCUCAGGGAACCAUGAGUAAUAUGGUGGAGGAUGCUUCUGGGGGUAUCUCUUUUGUCUGCAACAAGAUUGCGGAAUAUGGAGGUGAUCCUAACAGGGUUUAUUUAAUGGGACAGUCGGCUGGCGCACAUAUUGCUGCUUGUGCACUUGUGGAGCAGGCAAUCAAAGAGGCUGGUGAAGGAGGGAGCACUACCUGGAGUGUUUUGCAGAUAAAGACUUAUUUUGGCUUAUCUGGCGGGUAUAAUUUGUUUAACUUAGUAGAUUACUUCCAUAGUCGUGGUCUGUACCGAUCCAUCUUCUUAAGCAUAAUGGAAGGGGAAGAGUCUUUAAGACGAUUUUCUCCUGAAGUAAUUGUACAGGACCCAAACUUGAAAAAAGCAGUUUCUCUUCUACCUCCUAUUGUUCUUUUUCAUGGCACUGCAGAUUAUUCCAUUCCAGCAGAUUCCAGGAAUUAAAAAUGCAGCAUAGGCUCAAGGGUGAUGGAGGUGAAGAGAAUUGAAGCCUGAAGAUUAUCAUAGGAAAUUGUGAGCAUCUAGUUUCUGACAAUUUAGACCAAGCUCAACCUUGGUGAAGAGUUGGGUCCAUUAAUUAAUGGUAUGCUUAUUAUAGUUCAAUAACCUUCUACUGUGAACAUGCAAAUUCUAUGCAAUCCUACUUCAGCCUCUAUAUCAAACACUGAACUGCCAGCCUGCAUGUUGCUUUGUCUAAGGCAGGUACACCUUUGAUUCUUAGAUUUUCUCAUUUAAAAAUUGCAGCCCUUUGGGAAUAGAUGGAAGGUAGAAAUUUUUAGUUAACUGUACUGAAUUUGCAAAUUAUUGUGCAAAAUAUUCCAUGGUUAAUUUAACAUUUGAUUUGUGGUUUGAUUUUUCAGUAAAUUUAUUUCUCAUAAAUUCUUAGGUAAAAGUAUUUUCUAGAAAAAAUGAUGGGUUGUGUAAUCUUUGAUAAACAGUAUACGAAAGAAAGAGGAAAACCAAUUUACGAUGAUUCAUUUCACACUUCACAUAUCUGCAAUAAACUUUUUUAGUAUUUAUAGUUUACAUGCAAUGCUUUAUACAACCUUUUGAUAAUGUCUUUAAUG